AUGGCAUUGGGGAGUGUUGCUGAACUAAGAAACCUCAGUGUGCCGGUGAAGAUUUCCUUGAAUGUACUCCAACAGGUUUAUUUGGAAGCACUAACUUUCAAAGCAUUGUUCGUCCUUCAACCACCUGAUGAAGCCAAGGCGAAGUCUCGGUCGUCCCGGGCUGGCCUGCAGUUCCCGGUGGGCCGUGUUCACAGGCUCCUGAGAAAGGGUAACUAUGCUGAGCGUGUGGGUGCCGGAGCGCCGGUCUAUCUGGCUGCGGUGCUGGAGUAUCUGACGGCUGAAAUCCUGGAGCUGGCCGGCAACGCGGCCCGGGACAACAAGAAGACCCGCAUCAUCCCCAGGCACCUGCAGCUGGCCGUGCGCAACGACGAGGAGCUCAACAAGCUGCUGGGAGGGGUGACCAUCGCUCAGGGCGGGGUGCUGCCUAAUAUCCAGGCCGUGCUGCUGCCCAAGAAAACCACUGCUGCUGGAUCUGCUAAAAAAUGAAGAGACCAUUCUUGAAUCUGACAACCCAAAGGCUCUUUUAAGAGCCAC